AUGAAGGAAGCGUGUGAUGACUUAGAUGAAAAUAAGGUACCUAUAAAUGAGCAACUAAAAAAGCUGUUAUUUGAUACUUUACUUUCUUGCUCUACAAUUGGUAUUUUAAGACAACGAGAAUUAUUACUUUUUCAAGAAGUAGGAAUAAAGUUAAAUCAUCAUGAUGAUUUAUUUGUUAAAUUAUGUGUCAUAUAUGAAUUUAAAGAUAAAAAUAUAGAAACGAACAGUAUUACUGAGAAAACCAUUCUUGAAGUUUGUGAUAAAAAUCAUUGGUAUACCCUUAAUGAUUUCAAAAAUAGUAUUAAAUAUUUAGUUGAAAUUAAACUGCAUAAAGACUUUAAAUACCUUUUUGAAAUUUAUAAGCUAUCAUUUAAAUUAUAUGUCAAUUUAGAAAAUGACAAUGAAAAUAAAAAUAUUUUAGAUUACGAAAUGGCUGAGAACCUUUGGAACGCACUGCUGUUGUCAUAUAAAAAUCAUAUAGUCAUGAACCGAUGGUUUGAAUUUUACCGAAAGCGUCUAGACAAUAUUGAUAGUAGUAGUAAUAAGAGUAGCAUAAAUAAGCACAUAGGAAUCAAUUAUGAUUUAUGGGUGAUGUUUUAUAAGUUUAUUUCAAAAUAUCCAACCAUCGAAUUAAUCAAAUCAGGUUAUAACCAUAUUGAAUCUUGGCCUUUAAUAAUUGACGAUUUUGUAGAAACGCUGUAG